AUUAAGUCAAGUCAACCAGUCUCAACCUAAAAUAGAUUUCAGCAAUCAAUAAUCAACCAAAAUAUAUAAAAUUAUGUCUAUCCCGUAUAGUGGAACGAUACGAAGAUCAGGAGGUGUCGUAUCGGCAAUUGGUAAACAAUUAAAAGGCGUCAAUUUAAAAGCAGCUAAAAGAAUAGUAGUUAAAUUCGAUCCUUUUGCCGAUAACGUUACUCACACUAGGAACUUUCUACAUUAUAUAAGCUCACCAAAAAUAAAUUUGACAAAUCCAAAUUGUUCAUUAAAAACUGAAAUAGUGUGUGAUCGUAGUGACCCAACUGUUGAUGUAACGAUUUUGCCAAAUAUUGGAGAUAUUAAGAAAAUAACAUUCAAAAGUGGAAACCUUACUUGUUUAGAACUUCUACAGCUAUUUAACAAACACAUAUCUUCUUUGGCACCUGUGGAAGAACCCGUUUCAACUAUUCAAACAAAAUCAGAGAAAAAGAAGGGUAAAAAGAAAUAAAUCUGUAAAAAUGACAAAAUCCAGUAAAGGAAACCUUCAUGUGGUAGAAGAACUGUACAACCAAAUACCAGAAUUUACAGACGUAUUCUCAGAAGAUACAUUCUAUAUUUUUGUGAUAUGUUUUGUUCUGUCUACUAUACUAGUUGCUUUCAUUCUAUCUAGAUUUAUUACUAUUAAACCUGUAGAAUAGUUUACUAUUCAAUGUAAUAGUUAUAAUAAAGAUAUAUAAUAACAUAA